AUGGUCGCCCUCAUCUUCGGCACGCGCGCGCUCGCGCGUUCCCGCACAUCGCAGAAGGCGUUCUGGGACGCCUGCGCUGCGCACAGAAACAACUCGACGGCGACGGUGCCCUUGAAGCGGCUGCCGACGCACUUUACGCUUCCCUCGGGCGAUAGGAUCCCGAGUGUCGCUCUCGGGGUGUGGCAGGCUGGGAAAGGAGAGGUGGGCAAUGCGGUCAAGACCGCGCUCGAGAAUGGGUAUAGGCAUAUCGACGGGGCAUGGAUCUACAGGAAUGAGGCUGAGGUCGGUGCCGCGGUUCGCAACAGCGGUGUCCCGCGCGACCAGCUCUGGUUGACCUCCAAGUUGUGGAAUACCUUCCACGCCCCUGAAGACAUCGAGCCCGCCCUCGACGAGAGCCUCGCCUCCCUGCAGACGGACUACCUCGACCUCUACCUCAUCCACUGGCCCGUGGCAUUCAAGAAAGAGGGGAACAACGUGCUCGAUGAGGGCCUCACCGAGGACCCGUACCCGACGUGGCAGAAGCUCGAGGAGCUCGUGGAUAAGGGCAAGAUCAGGAACAUCGGGAUCAGCAACUUCAACGUCCGCCGCAUCCAGAACCUCACCGCGAACCCGCUCAAGCACCAGCCGGCGGUGAACCAGGUCGAGCUGAACUACUUCAAUCCGCAGCCGGAGCUGCUCGCGUGGUCGAAGAAGAACGGGCUCCUGCUCGAGGCGUACUCGCCGCUGGGCAGCAGCAAGCAGGUCGGGGAGACGCUGAGGUUGCCCGAGGUGACUGAUAUUGCGUGCGAGCUCGGGAUUACGCCUGCGCAGGUGGUGAUUUCGUGGCAUGUGCAGCGUGGGACGGUUGUGCUGCCCAAGAGCGUGACGCCUUCGAGGAUCGUCGAGAACUACGAUGUGUACGAGAUCCCGCAAGCGCAGUUCGACAAGCUCGAGAAGGCCGCGACGGCGCACCCGCCGCAGCGCGUUGUGAACCCGAGCAGGGGGUGGAAGCUCCCCUGGGACGUGUUUGAUGGGGAGUAG